AUGCAGCUGACCGAGGAUCGGGUGGAAGCCGCACUCGCCUCUGCACAGAGCGGCGCGGCCGCCGCGCCCUUCAUCUGCCCCAAGGAGCUGCGCGCGCUGUGCGAGCGCAGCUUGCGGCUCGUCGUCUGGCCCGAAGGCGGCCGGGAGUAUUCCGUGACCCUGGCCGACGGAGACCCCCGCGCGUUCGUGGACCCAGCGGACAAGCGCGACCCGUAUCCGCAGGAGAUGUGGGACGGCCUGGCGGCGCACUUUGCAACGGACGGCGCGGGCCUGAGCGAGGCCCGGCCCGGCAGCCGCUACGCGUGCGCGCGGGCGCUGGCGGAGCUCGGCCUGCCGUGCGUGCGGGGGCUGACGCUGGGCGAGCUGAACCACGUGGUGGCGCUGGCAAUGGGCAGCCGGAGGAUCCUCGGCUGGAGCGCCGCGGGCCGGGCCGUGCCCUAUCUCGAGGUCGGAGGCAGGGAUCAAGGUGCUGUGUGCCGCGAGCGCCCUGCCCGUGCCCCGCGGGCCCGGCGCGCCGCCGCUGGGCGUUGCCAGGUGGGAGGUCGUCCGAGCGUGCUUGUGGAAGCUCCUGGCCCGGGCCGAGCAGAGGGGCAAGGAAGUGCAGCUGCCCAACGUCAAGCGCCUCUUCCGGUCGGAGUUCGGCCUCGUCUUGUCCGAGACGGCGCUCGGUCACGAGAGGCUCCAGGGCCUGUUGCAGGACCCCCGCCUUCACGACAUCUGCGUGCUGCGAAAGCUGGACGUCGGGCACCGUGUCGUGGUGGAGAGGGCUGCAGGAGCACCUGCCGUGGCCGAGGCGGCCCGUGCUCCUCCGGAGUGCCCGCCGCGCAGAGCUGCGCCGCGGGCCGAGGCCGCGUCCGCACAGCCGCCGCCAGCCUGGCAGAGAAGCGACAGCGCCAGCAGCACCAUCGACUGUAGCACCGGCGACUGUGCGCCAGGCAGCACCGCCGACCUCUCCGACUCGGCCAGCGACCACAGCUGCUGCCUCGCGCCGGGGCGCGCCUACACGGUCGUGAACACGUUCGUGCACGUGCCCGACCCAGAGCCGACGGCGCGCUCGGCGGCGAGGAGGCCGCACCGAACGCUGCCGCCGUCCGCUCGGCUGGCGCGGCAUGCGGCGGCGGCCCUGCCGAGGCCGAGCCGGCAGUCUCCGCCGGGCGCCGGCCAGCCUGCGCCGCCGGCCUCCAGGCAGAGCAUCUUUCGGCAGCAAGUCGCGGGAGCUUCGUAGGUCCCCGCAGUUUCAUCUUCAGGGUGCGCUCGCGUGCGCCAAUCGACAAGGCAGCGCCGAUUUUCGCGUCGACUGGCGUCGAUCAGCGUCGAGCCGCAAGAGCCAGCAGGAUGGCAUGGACGCUCCCAUGAGUUGCCACCGAAGCAUCCAGGUUCGCUCCACCCGUCGCGUUGCCGCCUCCGGCUGCGUCGAGGUCGGCUGGGCCAGGUGAGCAUUCGGCGGGGGUGCGCGGAGCUUACAGGCGUGCCUGCGUUGCGGCUGACCUUCCUUUUGUUCUUCACGAGCCCCCUUCCGACCCGGGAGGCGGAACGGGAUCGGCUAGCAGGACGAGCAGCAGCAGCAGCAGCAGCAGCAUCAGGAGGAGCUUGCCACGGUCAGCUGCGCGCAGAUGUGCGGCGCCAUCGUCGACGGUGCGGCCGCCCCGUGCGGGCGCGCGCGUGGCGAGCAACGCACACCGUCUUGACGAGCAGGCCGGAGCUCAGAGGUUGCAGGGGUGAGCGUAGUCUGGAUUCGGGGGGCACGCGGUUCAUGGGGCUUGUCUGUACAGGAGGCUCGUCCCGCGAACGCGGCGGAGCGCAAGGGCGCUUCAGCUGCCUGCGGAGAAACGUGGCGCCCACUUGGGGCGUGCAUACACACGCGUUGUUGGUUAUCAUUGGGGCCUGUCUGUACAGGGGGCUCGCCGUGCGAGCACGGCGGAGCGCCAGGCCGUCUUUGCCGCUUACAUGGCCAGAAGCCCACCGCAAUCUGGGAGGUGUUAAAAACCUACUUUGGGCGUGCAAGUCCAGGAUGCUCACCUGGCCCCAUACAGCGGAGUGCAAGGGUGCUUCUGCGUGUAAUGGUGUCAGUUUGCAGCAUUGCUCGUGCAUGGUUCAAGGAAAUCUCGACAACUGCGGUGCGGCUGGUUUCCCUAUGACACCCCAGUACAGGAGGGUCGUCCAGCUACCAUGGCAGAUCGCAAGGGCGAUUAUGUUAGCUUCCAGAGAGUAGUCGCCAUGGGUGUGGCACUCGUUGUUUGACGCGCUAAUGGAAUAUACACGAGGCUCGUCCAGAAAAAA